CUGUAUCUUCCAACGAAAAUCAUGGCCGAGCCAAAGGCGAAGAAGGCGCGCAUGGACCUGGGCGAGCUCACGCCCCACAACGUGAAGCAGUUCAAGCUCAUCAACAAGAUCAUCUUUCCAGUCUCAUACAGCGACAAGUUCUACAAGGAUGCCGUUGCAGCAGGCGAAUACGCAAGGCUCGCGUAUUUAGACGACCUUGUCGUCGGUGCCGUGUGCUGCCGCGUCGAUGGCACCAAGAUCUACAUCAUGACCCUCGGGUGCUUGGCGCCAUACCGCCGCCUCGGCCUCGGUCGAAUGAUGGUGGAGCACGUGAUGAACUUGGCGCGGAAGGAUAAGAAGGUCACCGCCGUCUUCCUGCACGUGGACGUGAACAACGAGGACGCCGUUGAGUUUUACAAAACGUUUGGCUUUGAGGUGACAGAGACGGUGAAGGGCUAUUACAAGAAACUGUCCCCUGGCGACGCGCAUGUGCUGGAGAAGAAGGUGACGCACGAGAGCGAGGGCGACAGCAGCAGCAAUGGUGAUGAUGAUGAGACCAAGGCGGCUGCCAAGGCCGACAAGGACAAGGACGCAAAGUGACGUGUCUGCGUGUGUGUGUGUGUGCUGUGAUGUGUUGUGUGUGUGUGUGUGUUUGUG